AUGGCUGCCACCGGGAGCCGGGAGCGGAUCCUGUGCCUCUUCGACGUGGAUGGGACCCUCACCCCGCCUCGCCAGGUAGCGGAUUCCCCCACCCCGAUCCCCCACCCCGCUUCGACGGCGCGCCCAGGUCGCCCUUGGGCGAUCUUUGGAAUGAAUGGAGACCCCACGCCGGAGUCGCGCUUCCUGCUGCAGUCGGGUUCUGGCGCUAGAGCUGCUGUCUGGAUCGGAGUGCGGACCCAGCUUGCCCAAGCCCGGCAGACGGGAAGGCAAGAGCGACGCUCCCCCCCCCCAACCUCUUCUUCUUCUCCUUCCUGCAACCGGUUACGAAAGAGUUCAACCGCGGGCCAAGAGGUCCGUCAGGAUGCAGGCAGGCUGCCGGGUCAGGUCUGGGCUUGGCUGCGGGGCAUCUCCGCUACACGGUUACGUAAGAAUGGUGCGCAUUGGACCGGACCGCCGACGUGCAUCUGCAAUAUUGCAGCAGGUCUCUUCGGAAGGAAGUCUCGCUGUGUUCAGUGGGGUUUGCUUCCUAGCAAGAGUGUCGGAGCGAGGACAGCAGUCUUAGCGCCGCUGGACAGGCUGGGAGCAACUUUUGAGCAAACAUAGGCUUGAGCUAUUGGUUUCCACAAACUGGUCAGCUAGGUGCAAACUCUAGGAAGCUCACAAGCAAGGCAGAAUGGAACUAUCUGAGUACUUACUUCUUGGUCCUAGGAUCUGGAACUUGGAGGCAGGGAUGCCAACAGGAUUUCCUGGGUCCUGUAAGCUGUAUGUGGGUUGGGUCCUUGCAUUGGCAAGAACUGCUGCUUAAUCACAGUGGCAUAGCAUAAUCUCAGUGACAUAACAGGGGCGAUUGCCCUGGAUGCAAAAUUCUUAGGGGUGCAAAAUUUCAUAAGAAAAAGAAAGAAAGUAAGUAGUAGUAUUAGUAGUAAAAAAAAAAAAAGCAAGCAGAUUCUUCUCCUCCAUCCUGUGUCAGACUGGCAGCAACAAUAGCAAGCUUCUCUUAUUUUUUUCUGAUGCUCUGGGAGGCUCCAUUUCCAAGUCCUAUAUCAGCUUUUCUUCCUCUGGUUACUUAACAAAAGUGAUUAAAAGACUUUAGCAACAGCUGUUUAGUUUCCUAAUAAGGUUUACAGUGUUGACUCCACAGUUUGCUUUCUAACUUUUUAAAAUAGAUGUCUGGUUGACUAAUUUAAAAAAAAACAAAAACAAAAGCUAAGAGUUUUGGGUCCCUGCUGGCUUGGAGCCCAGUACAUAUGUCAGACUAUAGUUGCACACAAGUGCAGGAAAAAGCCUUAGCAGUUGAUUAUGUCCAAUGUAGAGACUAGUCUUCAGUUUUAAGCCUUUCCACCUCCUCAAACUGCAAGAUGGAUGUGUCAGGCAAUUAGAUUUAAUCAAUUUUAAUUGUUACUGUUCUUUGGAAGGGUGAAAAAAAAUUAAAAGAAAGCCACCUCAAAGUAUUAACCACUGGGCUGGGUCCAAAGUAUUGCACAUGGAAGUAAAAGAGCUGCUAGUGUUGUUCCAAGAACACAUGUGCAGUGCCAGAUUGGUAGGUGGAAUAGCAGUCCUUAAGCUUCUCUUAUGCAACCUCUUGCCUAUGUGUCAGAUUGUUUCAUGUCUGUGUCACAAGAUUCUAGCUCAAAGGGUAAAGUAGCACUUCCUUGAGCAGAAGACACUUUCAACACAUCAAAUAAAAAGAUUUGAUGCAUUCCAUUAAAUUUUCAGCAAAAUAAUGCAUUACACUGCAUUGAUAUGCCCAAAUUUGCUGAACUGAGCUGAGAGAACAUGUCACAUUUUGGUCCAAUGUGUAUAGAAACAAGCUGCAAAACUCAUCGAAUGCAAAAAAUUUAAGGUGUCUAAAACUCAGGCCCCCUUUGAGCUUGAGGCUCAGGCCAAAUUACCCUCCUGGCAUCACCCCCUCCACCUCUGAUUGGCCCCGGAGGCACCAAAUUUACUAUUUAUGGAGUCCAGGACCAGGUGGGCUGUGACUGACAUUGCACAUACACAAGAAAGCAAGCUUAACACUUUUUGGAAAUUGGGAGAUGGGUGGUUGAGGUGCUAAGUUCAUGGGAUGUUCCUGACCUACAGGACAUCUCAGAGGAGGGCUCAGAUUGCAUGUACGCCAAGGUUCAGGAAGGACCUAACUGGUCCACUUGGUCAGCAGACUAAAGAAAUUAUUCGGGGUGGUUCUGUAUCACAACAACCUGGAAGUUCCACAGGAUUCACCUGAUGCUGCACAUUGUAGGGAAAUACUGAUAAUAUCAGGCAAGCGGUCAGUCAAAGAAGCUUGCCAUUAUUGAUAUUCUCAUUGGAGAACUAAUAAGCUCUUAAGGCAACUCCAGAGCACAGUUAGACAGCUGUUGCCACUAUCCAUUCACGAAUAUAUGAUGCUAUAACCACUGUCAGCCCAAACCUUUGGCUGCCUAUAGUGCAAAUGGUGCCCUACCCACUAAGGAUAAACCUGUUACCCUCCAGAUGUUUGACUCAAACUCCAUUCAUCCCUGAUCACUGGCUACAACAUCUGGAGAGCCACAGGUCCCCAAACGCUGCUUUAAGUCUUGCUGCAGCUUUGGGACAUCAGUUGCUGCCUUCAUCUGUUCCUUCAUAAUGCUGCUUGAAGAAGGUCCCUACAUUCUGCUGCAUGGCAAAGCCUUGGCUGUGUCUAUUCACUUCACCCUUUGAAUUUAUUUUUAGAUUCACUGGGUGAUAAAAUCCUAGUGGGGGAAAAACCAAGGAGACAACCUAAAUAUUAUUUGCCUUGUGAUCACAAUGUUGAUUUACUCAGAUACUAGUCUUAUCUCUCUUGGAGGGGCAUAGGGCAUGUCCAGAAGUGUUGGAUUUGGCGCCCUACAGGAGGUUUGCUUCGCUGUGGAUGAGAGAGUAUGUCCAAGCAACUCUGAAGAGUUGGCAGAGUGGCUUCCUUUGCAUGCAGAUCAUGUGAGCUCCCAUUGCUCUGUUGACGAUGCCUUUGCAUUAGACCAGCCUGUCCCUUAAGUGUUUGGUUGUUCAUUUAACCAUCUAAUAUUUUAAUUGUGGCAGGGUGCUGGUGCCGUGUGGAUUUUGCAAAGUAAGAGAAAUAAAUUAGGUGCAUAUGGUGUUUUUUAAAGUCUGCUACUGCCGUAGCUAAACUCAUUUGCAAAACAUGCUAGAUGAAAAAAUGUGUUUGUUUGCUUGUUUGCGCAUGUGUGUGUGUUUUAAAUUGACUCUUGUAGGUUGCUGAAGAAUAUAUGGUUUUGUUCCCAACAGCUAGAGGUUGGAUCACUAGGAGGUUCCUUGCUUUUUUGCUUUGAAGUGGUGGGUGAAUUUUCACCAAUGUAAAUAAAAGUUACAGUUCAGUUCACAAGUGCAUCUGAUGAUAGACAGUGGCAGGGCUGGCUCCAGGUUUGAGAGGGGACUGUGGGCAAAAGUGUCCUUUGGCAGGCCCCCUCCUCUUGUCAGUGGGUCCUGGUGGGCUUAUCUGCCUAUGGUGCCAAUGCUUCAAGUAGCAGUGGGCAACUGUAUCUAGCAACAUUUUCCGUUUCCCACAGUGCCUCCUAGGUCUGGGGCAUUGUGGGAACUUAAAAAGAUGGCUGUAUCCAACCACCUGGAACUCAGUGCCAGAUGAGAAGAGAGGACAAGGCAGGGCAGGAAUCAACAGUGGACCUUGUUGUGGUGCUGGGGCCCUGGCAACUGUCCAAGGAUGCCAGCUGCUGAGAUGCUAGCCCUUUACAAUGAAAAUACAACUGUUCCUUUUGACAAAUAACAGAGAAAUCUCAAUUGUUUGUGGGUGGUGAGAUGGGGUGUGGCGAACUUCAAUAUGUGUUUGGAGUCAGAUCUAAAUUGUCACAUUAUUUUUAACAUACACUACAGUUUCCACUCCAGUUAAAUCUUUUUUAAAAUCACGUAUUAAAGAAUUAAUUGUGAAACCACUUUAACCAUUCAGUUAAUAUUUUUAGUUACAGGAGUGGGAAUUGUAGUUUAUCAACAUUUGGAAGGCCUGAGAUUCCCCAGACCUGCUUUAUGAUAUCAAAGCCCAACAAGGAAGAAAAAGAAUAGAGUAUUCGGUCUCUCCGUUUUGCUGAUUGUUCAGCUUUGCUGUGCAAGAGCCUUCCACUUCUAUGGCAUAAAUCCACCAGCUCUCCUGGCAUUUCUCUGUUGUUCCGGGUUACAAAUGCUCAUUCUGCUGCAAUGAGUUUAUUAAUCCCUAGGCAGCCUUCUGCAAUAUGACGCCGUCCAGAUGUUUGGCACUACAACUUCCCAUUGCCCCACCCAGUGCUGAUCAGAUGGGAGUUGCAGUGCACAACAUCUGGAGGACACCAGGUUGGAGAAGGCUGCUCUAAGGCAACACAGGUCUCUCAGUAGUUUUUGUUUCCUGCCGGCAUGCCAAUAACUACCACUCUUUCUCCUUUUCCCUCCAGAAAAUUAAGCCUGAAGUAGACGAGUUUCUUCAACAGCUGCGUACGAGAGUGUUAAUUGGGGUAGUGGGUGGCUCAGACUACUCCAAGAUAGCUGAGCAGCUGGGAGAAGGAGAUGAAGGUGAGCAAUACACACUUCUGCUCUCUAGGUGCUUUUGUUUAAUGGAAGCAUAUCCAAUGACCUGCUGCAAAAUCAAGCAAUCGUAGCAGUCAUAUUGGUGGGCAAAUUGACACAUGCAGAGGAAAGCACAUGGUAUGGCUGCUGUGGACUGUACCAUUUCAGACUGCAGGGGUGGGGAUCAUGUGACUCCAUGCACCUCCAUCCUUUUUCAAGGCAAGCUAGUGCGGGGAGAGGUUUGGGCCUAAACUUCACCCAAACAGGCCCCAUCUGAAGAGUUCUGUUUUAUAUGCAGAGGCAUUCAAAUGUGUGAUUCUCUACCACUCUGAAGUGGUACAGCCUGGGAAGGACUAUCCAUGGGCUGUUUCUGCAUAUUGGAAUCAAACCCAAGGCAGUUGUGGCAUUUCUGUGCUACUGUAACAUAACUUUACUGCAGAUCCACAAAGCCAAACUCAGUAUUGGAAGGUUCCAAAUAGGCCUUGGAAGCUCAGCAUGUUCUCCUGUGGCUUCAGACUGGUGGGAAGUGGAAUCAGCUUUGGCCUUCGAAAGUGGAUUAACUGGCCUCCAGAGCCACAUGGACAGGACAGACACCUGUAGCUUCUCUCUAUCCUACUCCCAAUAUCUGCAGCAUUACCCAGUGCACUUUCAGUUCAGGAUUCCCAAGACAUCUCAUUAUAUCCCAGAUCUAUAAGGGGUGGAUUUAAAUUGGCCCAAUGCAGUUUCGGCAUCCUCUUGAUCAGGUCCAACAAGAGCUGUGUGCCUGACUUAUUCCAAUGCAGGUACAUCACGAGGGAAGACAGAUGAAGGUCCCAGCAGAGAAAGCAGGAACAGCAGCACAGCAAAGCAAAGAGGGAGGUACUGAGGUGAUGGGGAAAGGCGGAGAUGGGGACAGAGCCAAGGGCAUCAUGGGAUAUUUGUUUGGUACAGACAUAGAAACAGGGACCCAGAAAACUGCAGGCACUUGCAAUGCAGUGUCGUAUGGAAUAGAAGCAGCUUCCAGAGAAGCAGAGAAGGAAGCCACCUGUUGUAUUUAUACUGCAAACGGUCAAUCCUAUCUGGCCUGCAAUAAUCCUAAUAGGGUUGGAGGGAAUCCUACAGUAAAUGGCAUCAUGAGUUCAUUCACAGCCCAUGUUUCCAGACUUAGCUUGUGGGGUCCCUCUGAGCUCGUGGUCCUAAAUGCAAGACUUGCAUCCAUUUGCAGAAGUAAAGCAGAACGCUUGUUCCAUGCCUUUGCAUUCCCCUCCAUUGCCCCUUCCCCCAGUAACAAAGAAUAAUAUCAGAUUCUAAAACCUUCCUUCUAGACUAGAGAUAACCUAAUGUUCCCUUAAACGGCAAGUGAACUGCUGAUUCAGCAUUGGCCUUUUUAUCACUGCUGGGAAAGGCCAGUGUGAAAUAACCUGUAGCUGCAGAUCUGUGCACAUUUGCUUGCAAGUAAGCUUCAUUGAGCACAGAGACACGUGCUUCUGAGUAAACAAGCUCAGGGUUGCACUCAGAGUUACUGAGACGACGUUCCAAAUGGAAAAGUGGGGGAGGCCAGACAAAGAGAACAUGGGCAGGCACAAUUCAGCUUUGUUGCUGUGUCUGUCAGAUGAUUGAGUUCUCACUCAGCAACUUGCACACCUUCAUCUGUAAAAUGGGAGCAUCACUGCCGGCAUUCAUGAGCACCACUAUUUUCAGGGCACCUCAAAUCAAACUUUGCUGAAGUGUCAGAAUAAAGCCACAGAGAUCCUGCGAUUCAGCAUCCACUUCCCUUGCAGCCCCUAUCCAUCUGACUGAUUGAUAUUUCUCUCUCACCUUCAUUUCCCUUCCUUCACUUCUUCUCCUCAACAUCCUUUUUGCCCCUACAAAUCUAUUCCCCACAGUUAUCGACAAGUUUGAUUACGUCUUUGCAGAAAAUGGCACCGUGCAGUACAAGAAUGGGCAACUGGUCUCCAAGCAGGUAGGCCCCGCCGCUUUGUGCUCUGCCACCAAGGCUGCAAAUUUCCUCCUCCUCUCACCCUCCUCUGCCAAAUCUCUCAGAGAGAAAUGAUGGUAUCCAUACCCUCUCAGGUUAUCUGGCUCCAUACAGUUAUCUGAUGUCAGUAUUUUAUUGAGGAAGGAUUUCCCUCUCCCCGCUCCAAAAAAGGAGGCAAAACUUUGAAGUAAUACUUGAACAAUUUUAAUUUAUGAAGUAAUAUGCCCAACAUCUUUCUGGCAUCCUCAGGGGCACUCAGAAAUGACAAUAAUAAUCUUAACAUAAAGAUAUACAUGUUAUAUUAAAUAUGUAAGGUAUUUGUAUGGGUAUUAUUUAUAAGGAUAUUAAUAUUCCGUGCUUUUCAUAUAUAUUAUAUAUAGUAUAACUUAGGGCUAUGGAGUCCCCGAUGUUUUAGUCCCUGAGAGGACACAGUAUCUCCUCACAGGAGCAACUGGAUAAUCUGUUGCUCCUGGCUCUUCCCACAGCAGGAAGGCCCCUCCCCAGGCCUUAGAUAAAUGCAUGUAGUCUUGGAAGGGACCCCAAAGGUCAUCCAGUCCAACCCCCUGCAAUGCAGGAAUGUGGACAUCUAAUCCUUGUUGUGAUUUCUUUUAGUGUAUAGUGAUAUGUCAAAAACAUGUUGAGCAUAUUACAGCACAAAUUAAAAUUCUGAAGCAGCAUUUUGAAUCUUCACUUCCUUUUUUCCUGGAUUUCCUGGUCCUUUUGGUGCUGCCCCUCUCCUUUCAUUUUUGUUCCAUUCAACAUAUAAUAAAACAACCUGUUUUGAUGUUCACAAUGUGGGUGGAUUUGGUAAAAGAAUUGCACUCUGUUGCCUUUGGCUUUUUUUUGACAGGCUAUCCAGAACCACCUUGGGGAAGAACUUCUUCAGGAUCUGAUCAACUUCUGCCUCAACUACAUGGCACUUCUAAAGCUGCCCAAGAAACGGUAAUGGUCCUUCCUUAUUCCAGGGCCUGCAGACUCUGGCUUGUCACCUUAAGGAAGUGCCCCAGUCCCAUUUGUCAGGAAGUGCCCCAACUUCUCCAGAGAGACUUUUUAGGGCAAGCUUCGAGCUUGGGGAGGGGCUUUCCUUCCUUAAGUUAACUUAUCAAAGGAUUCAGGUCUCUCUUUUUAUUUUCCAGAUACUAUGUGAGUAUUUAGAACCACAAAGUUGAUAAUCCAGCCCACCCAGCUAAAACAAAGAACCUUAAUCUUCAAAUAAUAUCCAGCAGAAACCUUCCCACUGUUUUAUUGAAUACCUGAAAGGGAAAUAUUCCAUAAUUUCUUUCAGCACUUGAUUUCAUUGCAUAACUGUUCUUAGAGUUGGGUAACAUGUUAGAAAGAAAUCCCUUCCUUUCUGGAGUUUAAACUCAUUGCCCUGUAUUCACUAUACUGUCUAACUAGUUGCUAUUGUUUCCCCACUUUUUCCAAUAUCCUUCUAUAUAUUUUUAAGGAGUCAGUGUUUAGAACAGAAGGAAAGCAACUCUGAUUUAACUUAGCCUUCACAGAUGUUGUGUCUUUUGAGUACCACUUUCUUAAAAAACAGGUUAACUUUGACUCAGUUUAUGUUAUUUUGCUACACUAUAAUGCUGUGCCCAACAUUGCAAACAUACUGCAUACUUUGUCCAUGGGAAUUUUGCAUCCUGAAUAAAUGAAACAUUAAAGAGUGGUAUUCUAGGCAUUUACUUCUAAUAGCUCCAGCUCUUGUAGGGGGAAAAAUCACCCUGGAAAAAGUAAGAUGCGAUAGGUAAGGGCCAUGAGGAAUCUAUGAUGAGCUCUCUUAGGAAAAGUUGCAUGCCACACACCAUAAGCAAGGUAGAGGUCCCUCUUCUUGCGAUUAGUUUGACCUUGUGUUGUAUCACGGCGGGAAGAUUCUGCUUGACCAUGUUAAAGAAAUCAUGAGACUGUGCAACAGAACUGUCCUUUUUUUUACAACCACAUACUCAAGUUUCUCCUUCUCUCUUCCCCUUUAAAAAAAUAAUAAUUCUCAGGGGGACGUUUAUUGAAUUUCGCAAUGGAAUGUUGAACAUCUCUCCUAUUGGUCGAAGCUGCACUUUGGAAGAACGAAUAGAAUUUUCAGAACUGGACAAGGUAAAUAAUGAACAUUAGGCUCCAAAUAUAUUUGUGGCACACUGGAGCCUGUUAGAACCCCAGGGUGUUGUGUUGUGUGUGUUUUCUAAGUGUUAACCCUGUUGCUAGGGUACCUUGCCUAUAAGCUGGAGCUAAACAGGAAUAUUAUUCUGACUGGUCACAGUUCUUGAAAGAAAUUGCAAGGCACAAACACAAAAUACUGUGUUUCAUGGGGGAAAGUGGGAUCUGACAAGGAUCAAAGUAAUUGAGGGGGAUGUUUCCUUAUCCCUCUUCAGUCCUCUCUCACUUGUUUUCUAUUCAUCUCCUUUACAGAAAGAGAGGAUUCGAGAGAAGUUUGUAGCUGCCCUGCAGAGGGAGUUUGCUGGCAAAGGCCUGCGGUUUUCCCGAGGUGAGAGUUUUCUUAGUCCUCUCUGUGAUUUGGGAGGAAUGGAUAGGAAAAACAAUUGAUUUUGUAUUCAAGAAGAAUAUACAUAUAUUCUUUUUUGGCUGUGUUGUGCUUUUGUGCACACAAGUUCAUUAUUCUUGUGCUACAAACUAACAAUAAAAAAGAUUUUUUUAAAGUGACUUUGGGUGCUUGGUACAAUUAGUUUUGGGGUCUUAGAAAAACAAAAUACCUAGCAUGGUUUAUGUUUAAAAAACUGGGUAAGUGCUUUGAUACAGGACUUAAAAGAGGUUUCCCUGUGGUGAUCCCUGUCCACAAUGAGUUUCUUUUCCAUACUAUUCUAAAACCCUCAAACUUUUUAGACAUAACCCCCAUUUAAUUGAGUGAAACAUACUUCCAAGUUAGUGUUCUUGGAAGGACUGCUGUUUUAACUGAGGGAUCACUUUCUUUGCCAAGAAUUGCCAGGAUCAGAGCAUGGUCUGUGGCUAGCAGCGCUCUGCCUAAUAUUCCAGUGGUCUGGCAGCAAUGCACUGUUUUGAGUGCAACCCUAUCGAUUUGUUAGCCCUCUGUGCUCCUGCCCCCCCCCCCAUCCCAAGUAUGGGUGCCCCCUUCACUGCCACCCCCUGACCUCUACGCAUUCAGCAGCAGACUGAAGAGGGAAAUAGCUGUACCUGAAAUUGUGGGCCUAAUCAUUUGUACAUCCUUCAUGUAGCUAACAUUUGACUAGGAGUACAGUGCAGGCAAUAGUGGGCUCUUUGUCCCUUACUAGGGGGCUGGCAGGUGGCCAUAUUUCCUUUAUUUGUGGUGGGGGCAGUUGCUAUUGGAGCUGUUGCCACCAGCAUGCCAGAAUAAUUUAUCUGGAAUACAGCUGUAGUACUGCCAAACUGACAGCGAAUGAGGUCUCAUGGCAAAAGUCCUUUGCUCUGUCCUGCAGUGAUCUAAUCUGCAUUUACAUUCGUCCCACAGUUAACAGACUCUCCUUUCCCUGCCCAACCGUACUUAGAAGAUAAGAACACUUUAGAAUAGGGUUCCCUGCCAGCCCUCCAGCCAAAAAGCUUGAGAGCCACCCUUCCCCCUUGUAGAUAUUUUUUCUGAGAAGUCAUUAGCUCCUGCUCCUCACACUUCCCCAGCCAACUGUUUCUUGUUUGUGCCUUUGGCUGAUGGGGCCUUGCUGACGCCAUUCCGUCCCAUUGCCAUAGAAACGGCAGCUACUGAAUUAAUGUGUCAGAGAAGCAGGCAGGCUGGCAGCCAUGGUGCAUGACCAUCUAUCACGGAACAAUUUAUUCUACAAAAGCCAUUUGCACCUGAGGUGUUGAGGGGAGAUCUUUUUCCUGCAAGCCUCCACCUUCAGUCUGUUUCCCUUAAUUCCAUCACACUUUCCCCCUCUGGCAGGUGGGAUGAUCAGCUUUGACGUCUUCCCUGAGGGCUGGGACAAGCGCUAUUGCCUCGAUAUCCUUGAGGAUGAGAGAUUCGACACCAUCCACUUCUUUGGGAAUGAGACAAGUCCAGUAAGUAAAUCUGACCAAAGCCCUGUUCUUUGACAAGGGGCCAAGUCCUGUGUGGGAUCGAGGAAGAUAAAGCUGUCCAUAUCUAAACUGGCAGGCUCUCCGCAGGGCUACAUUGCAUUAAAAUAACCAGCAGACUCCCAUUUCCACUGUGGCUCAACUGUGUCUUUUCCACAAUGUUUAAAGGGCAUUUGUGUAUUUCAAAACAUUUGGUAAAUAAACCCGGGGACCAUGGCUGAAAGCCUGUUUUCAGAUGUUCAAAUGCCCUUUGGAUGUUUCAGAAAAGACACAACUGAUGUGUGAUGGGAGCAUUUGCUGUAAGGUUUGAAGUGGCUCUCUUCGCAUUUUCCAGCCUUACAAGUUGGUACCUGGACUGCACGAAAGCAAGUAUAAACUAACAGUGCCCUCUUCUGGUGACUGGAAAAUGCUAAGACAUCUGUUCAGGUGCCAUUUCAUCUCUAAAGGGAUUUGUCUGCACAGAAGCUUUGUGAGGAAGGAGAAAAAGAAGUGGGCAACUUUUGUAUCACAUGAACACAAUGAAUCUUACAGUGCAGACAGUGCAGAAGGUUGGUGGUUCAAAUCCCCGUGACGGGGUGAGUUCCCGUUGCUCUGUCCCAGCUCCUGCCAACCUAGCAUUUCGAAAGCACACCAGUGCAUGUAGAUAAAUAGGUUCCGCUGUGGCGGGAAGGUAAACGGCAUUUCCAUGCACUCUGGUUUCCGUCACGGUGUUCCAUUGCACCAGAAAUGGUUUAGUCAUGCUGGCCACAUGACCUGGAAAGCUGCCUGUGGACAAACACCCAGCUCCUUUGGCAUGAAAGCAAAAUGAGUGCUGCACCCCAUAGUCAUCCCAUAACCGUCCAGGGGUCUUUUACCUUUUACCUUUACCUUACACAGCUUUAAAAAAACACUCUGAAAAUGCUCUGAAGAAAACCAUUUUAAAGCUCACAAUGGAAAAUUUCAUAGGGAACUAUUUUAGCUCAUCAGCGCCAUCUGGUGUCACAAUGUUGGAACAGCGCAAGUAGAUAAAUAGGUACCGCUGUGGCGGGAAGGUAAACAGCGUUUCUGUGCACACUCUGGUUUCCGUCACGCUGUUCCGUUGUGCCAGAAGCGGUUUAGUCAUGAUGGCCACAUGACCUGGAAAGCUGUCUGUGGACAAACACCAGCUCCCUCAGCCUGAAAAUGAGAUGAGCACCGCACCCUAUAGUUGCCUUUGACUGGACUUAACUGUCCAGGGGUCCCUUAUCUUUACCUUUACCUGUCUGCACAGAAGCUUUGCAAGGAAGGAGAAAAGAAAGUGGGCAACUUUUGUCUCACAUGCUCAUCAUGAAUCUUACCGUGCAGACAACGCAGCCCACUAUUCAGCCCUUGCGUAAUUGCUUUCAGGUGCAUUGUGGUCACAUUCUGAUUAUCUGGUGUGGGUGCUCUGCAGAGAUUGGAUUCACCAGUUAAGCACACCCAGCCCUCUUUUUUUUUCUAAAAAAAACCUACACAUGGAUACACUUAUAUAAAACAUGCCUGCAAUAGCGUGGUUCAUUGGCUCUCUUCCCUCCCUGUCAGCAUCUGUCAGCAUGUGAGGUCAUGACUACUGAUGCAUGACAGGGGAAAAUCAAUACCAUGAGCAGCAGCAUCACUUCAGAUUAGGUUUUACAUGAAGUCAGGUCCCACAAGAAAUACUUUAAUUUACAAAUUCUAGGGUACGCAGUCCCUUGGGUAUGCAGAAACCACCUUCUGAUCCAAUAGGCACCACACAACCCAAGUUCAGGAUUAGAAGGGAGCAGGAGUGGGGGGAAGAUAUUCUUUCCAGGGCUCAAUACAUACAGUGCUUUCUAGAAGCAGUGAUUUUUGUGUCUCGCUGCCCACCUCUGCAUUAUUUUCAAUUCCUUGCCAGUUUCAGAUGGCUUGAGCCUCCCGGCAAGGGUGAUAAUCCUGAGACUCUCCAGAUGUUGCUGAAUUCCAGCUCUCACUGGCCCCAGUUGGCCGGUGGCCGAUGGUCACAGGCGAUGAGGAUUGCAGUGCAAAAAUAUCUAGUCCAUCAUUGCAUUUUCACUGUGGCCAAUCAGAUGUCUAAGGGAAGUGGGGCCUGAGUGCAACAGCAUUCUGCUGACUUGUGAUUCCCAGCAACUGGUAUAAAGCUAUCCAUUUUUGGGUGAAGGUGUGGCAUAUAUGCCUUGAAGUAAAUAAAUAAAUCUGAGGUCUGGCAGGGGGACUCAUAUUCUGCCUUAAUGGGGGGUGGAAAUUGGAUGGUGGUGAUGAUUAUUUAUACCCUGCCCAUCUAGCUGGGUUUCCCCAGCCACUCUGGGCGGCUCCCAACAGAAUAUUAAAAACACGAUAAAACAUCAAACAUUAAAAACUUCCCUAAACAGGGCUGCCUUCAGAUGUCUUCUAAAAGUAUGAUAGUUGUUUAUUUCCUUCACAUCUGAUGGGACGGCAUUCCACAGGGUGGACACCACUACUGAGAAGGCCCUCUGCCUGGUUCCCUGCAGCCUCACUUCUUGCAGUGAGGGAAACCACCAGAAGGCCUUUGCCGCUGGACCUCAGAGUCUGAGUUGAACGAUGGGGGUGGAGACGCUCCUUCAGGUAUACUGGACCGGGGCCGUUUAGGGCUUUAAAGGUCAGCACCAACACUUUGAAUUGUGCUCGGAAACGAGUCUGUGUUUUUCAAGUAUAGUAAGGCUGCAACUUACAGAGGGAAUACACCUAAAGCCAAAAUUGUGUAUAGUCCAAACACAUUGGGUUUAAUGGCAGGUGGGAUUGCCAAAGUCUUUUUUCCUGGACACCCACUCCCUUUCUGCCCCCUUUUUAUUCAUUGAGCUUGAACGUGCACAUGUUAAAUGCGCCCAGGUUGUGGGCUUACGGUAUUGUAUACUUGCCUGCUCAUUUUAACCACCACGUCCAGCAUCCUAAUUCUAAGCACCCAAUAGUAAAGAUUCUUCUUAUCCUUAGGGUGGGAAUGAUUAUGAAAUCUAUGACGACCCUCGCACGGUGGGGCACAGCAUCCAGUCUCCGCAAGACACAGUCCGGAGGUGCCAGGAGAUCUUCUUUCCAGAGACAGUGAAUGAAUCUUGA